AGUAGUGAGAGACAAAUGCAGUUGCUUGAGAGAGCUGCAGUUCAAAAGCGCAUGGGAUGUCACGGUCGUCAGGCCUCUCUAGGUAUUACCGCACCUCUCCAGCAUGAUCAACACCUACCAGACCAGCCUGGCUCCACCGCCGGUGCCUCCACGCUCCAACAGGCCCCAGACCAUCCUUUUCCCUGCUCCACUCCCAUCACAAAGCCACACCAAGGUUCUCAUCCGCUUUUUGGUUGGUGUAGUGGUGCUGCAUUUAUUGCUGUCCGUUGGAGGAUUCAUCUUUCUGUACCACAAUGAUCAACUGCUGAAAGAACCUGAAGAAAGAAGCCAAAUGAAGGGUGCUGAAGUGAGAAAGCUGAAGGGAAAUGGAGCAAGAGCUGCUUUUCUUUCAUCAGACGACCAGGAAACGACCCGUACAGUCUCAGCACACAUGCUAGUUGAGUUAGAAUCACACACUCCAAAAAAGAAACCAGGUUAUCUUCAGUGGAACAAGCAGCACUCCAUUCGGAAGAAUAUCGGCAUUUACCGUAGCAGCUGGUUGACUAUCCUCCGGCCUGGAGAUUACUUUGUCUACUCCAUGGUGACCUUCACCAAGAACGACCACGUGAACGCUCUGGAAAGCGUAGUCAAGCUGAGGAAGAACAGCAAAGGAAAUGAGACCAAUGUGAUGGAGGCCUUCUGCGACCUGGACAGCAGUGGCUCUGAAGAGAUCCUUCACAAGUGCACAGCCACACAGGGACGGCUGAUCACACUGGAGGAAGGAAACCAGCUCAGCGUCUGGGUGCAGAACCUCUCACUGGUGAACUAUGAGAAUGAAGUAACAACCUUUGGGAUGUACAAACUGUAGGAUUCCUAUAUGAGCACAUGUACGGAGCAAAGCGCAGAGUGGGAACUCAUUUGGUGAAUGGAUUUGGAUUGAAAUCUACUGAGAACACUGUUAAAUAGACUGGAUCAACAAUUAUUUUUUCCCCCUGGAUUUGAGAGACAGAGUCCACAUUUGUAAACUAUAAUUUAUUAAAUCAGACAUACGUGUUGUUUUUUUUAAUCAUUGUUGUUUCUGUAGUAGUAUUGUGAAUGGCUGUUUGUUGUAUUUAUUGAUGUAAAUGGAGUUGCACGGCUGUGAAAUGAUAUUUAAAUAUUUCUCCUCCAA